AUGACCGACUCAUACUUUACAUCUCCCUAUUCGCCAAACACCGAUGCCGACAGACGCCAGAUGCUAGAUGCAAUUGGCGUUGAUUCGGCAGACGAGCUAUUCAUCGACGUUCCCGAGCAGCACCGCAACCCUGCGCUUGACUUGCCGCCGCCGAUGUCGGAGUUCGACCUGAAGCGUUACUUCGCCGAGCUUGCAUCGAUGAACAAAACGCCCGGAGAGUACGCCUGUUUCUUGGCGCGGGUCGUACAGCAUACAUUCCGCGAGUACGGCGCGGACAUCGUCGCGUCCGAAGGCCAGGCGCUCGGAGUGCCCCCAACAUUCGGCGGCCCCUAUGUCGGCAUCUUCGCCUGCAAGCAGGAUUUCAUACGGCAGAUGCCCGGGCGCAUCGUCGGCAGAACGGUGGACACAGAGGGACGCACCGCUUACGUGCUGACGCUCCAGACGCGAGAACAGCACAUACGCCGUGAGCGAGCCACCUCCAACAUCUGCACAUCAGUCGCGCUCAUCGCCUUGAUGACAACAGUCUACAUGGUCAGCCACGGCAGGCACGACAUGCGCCGCACCGCCGAACUGACAUAUCAGAAGGCACAUUAUCUGGCAUCUCUAAUAGCGAUAUUCCGGGAUAUUCUGUGUGGGAUGGCGGCAUCUUCUUCCAGGAUUUGCAGUGCAUAUGCCCAGUGA